GUGCGUGAGUGAGUGAGCGAACGCGGCGCUUCCGGCCCGGCUGCGCGGCGUGGAGCUGAGCGGGGCGAUGGUGCUGCUGGAGAGCGAGCAGUUCCUCACGGAGCUGACGAGACUCUUCCAGAAGUGCAGGACUUCGGGGAGCGUUUUCAUAACGCUGAAGAAAUAUGAUGGUCGAACAAAACCAGUUCCACGCAAAGGCCACGUAGAAAGUUUUGAGCCAGCAGACAAUAAGUGUCUUCUAAGAGCUACUGAUGGAAAGAAGAAAAUCAGCACGGUGGUGAGCUCAAAGGAAGUAAAUAAAUUCCAGAUGGCGUAUUCUAAUUUGCUGAGAGCUAACAUGGAUGGCUUGAAGAAAAAGGACAAGAAAAGCAAAAACAAGAAGAGUAAAGCAACACAGUGAUGGACAGUGUCCUACCAUCACUGUAAUAGACUUGACCCUUGCUCAAAGCAAAGUCCAUUUCUUUUUGAGUUACCACUUGUCUUUGGCUUUUCUUUUCCAGCAGGAUACUGGGAUGUGAUCAGUACUUUUGUUUAAAUUGAAAGGCAGAAGGUGCUUUCUGUGGAUUGUUGUAUGGCAGGAGUAUUUACAAGAUUUUACCAGAAUAGCUUUACACUCGUCUGCCAACUAGUUUUGUACUUAUACUGCUGUAUGUUUUGUAUUAUACAAGUGGGCAGUGCAAAACCCAUCUAGGGAAUAACGGGUGAAGAGUAAUGCACAGCACCAUGAGCAAAGUGAGACUGGAACAGGAGUCUUGGUGACAGAUGCCCAGUUUUAUAGAUAAGCCGCAGUAAUACCAGGGAAAGCAGGUGCCAACCUAUUACCAGGAACAGCAGCUUUCCUGUUUGUCUUAUUUUGAGGGACUUGUUUACACGAUGCAGUACAGAUGUCUGUAAGGCAGCCAGAAUGUGUUUGAGCUCCCACAGAGCUUAGCAGCUGUGCCUUUUCUCCAUGCUGACCCAGCUGUGCUGAGCCUGGCUUGGGGCGGGGAGGGCAGGGCAGGAUGCUGCAUCAUGGUUCCUUCAGGCAUAGCUUUAGAAUGCUUGUGUCACCUGAGCGUUUGUUUUUUAAGGCUUCAUCCUUCAACAUAUUCAGGGAUCUGGAUUUCCCCAUUUUCACAUCGUAAAGUAACUCCUUCAUAUGAGCAGAUGUAAAAGAUGAAUACUUACUUGUUCCUAUUAAACACAAUGAGAAAUGGAUUUAGUUGUAACAACUGAUGUGACUUGUCUGGUGAAUGGCUAGGAACGAUCCCAUUAUCUGUGACUUUAGGACCAGUACUGCCAGAGUUACUUUAUGUUGCUGUUGCAACCUCACAGUUCUCAGAGGUUUUUGGGCUGGUUUGUCAUUGACCUUACAUCUUUAUAUGUUCUAAUUUCACCCUCCUUGUUGCUGUGAGAAAAAGGCAGAAUAGGUGGGUAUUUCUUAAUGCACCGACCUUCAGUGCUGAGAACAAUUGUUUGUUUUAAGAGAAAGAAGUAGGAACAAGUUACUUAAACACCAGUGUAUGUCCAGACAUAGAUUGCUUUUUUUACAUAUUCACUCUGGUAUAUUGAGAUUGAUGUGACAUAUAAUGCAUUAUAUACAGCAACUAAGGCUGUUACUCAUCCUUACAUUUAUUCAGCUUAUUUUUCCUGAUGUGUUGGUAUUGCAGCUUAGUUUUAAAUACACACACUAGUAAUUCGAAACAGCAUUGACUGGGAAGCUGUAGCUUCAAAAAGAAAUUAAGAUUCCUUUAAUCAUUAUGUCUUCAAAGGCUUUCUUCAUGUGGAUUCUAAACUUAAGUUUGCUAGUUCAAAACUUCCGUUAUGCUUCUAAGUAUGUCAGGUUUCUCUGAAGUCUUACUUUCAGGACCUUCAGGUUUAAAAUAAGUUUUUCUGCAUAGGGUUUAAUUUCUGUCUCCCAUGAAGCAGCUGUUUGUUUUGAAUGGGAAAGUGUGGGGGCAGGAUGGAUGUAGGCAGCCAGGCUUGCACAAUUCAGCUUCAUAUGUUUUAUGAAUUCAGCUACUAUGCUUUACAGAAAGAUUUAAGAUGAAUUAAAAAAAGACAAAACUUUCUAAUACGUAUUUCAAAAAGGCUCAGUAGCCAAACCUUUUAUUACCCAAAAGUUCUUCAUCAAAAGUCAUUUACAGUGGAAGAUAAUCAUAUUCUCUGAUCCUUGAACUGAGAUUCUCAUUUCAGCAUUGUUGCAUAAGGACAUAAAUGGCAUUCUAAGCUGAAUUUAAGUAAAUCAUUUUACACUUACACAGCUGCUAAUUUCCAUUGUAAGGGAGCAAGAAUUACACAGUAAUACAUAUCUCUGGCUGUAGUCAGACUGCUUCUUUAAUACCUAUAAAACAUUUAUUUCCAUUUCUUGGAAUAAAUUUACAGCUUAUAUUACAAAUGAAAUUCCUUUGUGGAAAACACUGUUGUCUGUUAGUAAGAGCAUCCCAUAAAAGACGCUCUGAGCACUAAAACAAAACCUUGCAUUCAUCUCGGUAACUGUACAGGAUGAGCACAGGAACCCUGCAAAGGAAACAAAAAUAAUCUUUUUAAAUUUGUGUCAGAUUCCAAUUGUAUUCUUUCAAAACAGGAGGAACUCAGAAGUCCCACCCACAAGGAAAGAGGGUCACAGUGCACUUGUGGAAACAAGUAGUGGAAACAUACUUGAACAUAUUUGUAUUUACUAUUCAGUCGUUUGAAGAAAGCAACAAAAUAAAUAAAUGAGUGCAGUUUAGAAUUUCUUGAAAAGGCUUACGAAGUGUAGAAUUUAGAUUACCUGAAGUGAGGAUUAGAUGGUGUUAAACCCCCAUUUUGUUUCAUGUUAGCCAAAAAUAGCACUUAAAGAAACAGGCCUGAAUAUUUCUUUUUUGUACUUGGGGAGAGGGAAAGGGGAGAACAAAUGAAGAGCAGCUUAUUAGAUGAAGCUGAAAUGCAGAAAUCGAUGGGAUAUUUCAUGCACCUUUAAGAACCUAGAUUUACCUCUUCUCCAUUUUGAUACUGUAAAUUUCAUCACAGAUUGCUUGCAAGUAUGAACAUCUCUGUUUUGGCCAUCGUGACAUCAGUUGUCUCACAGUAGCAUCAAAGGCAUGUCUGGCUCCAUCAAACUAAGGAAUAAAAUGACAAGAAACUGUAGUAUUCUCUAGUGAAGGAAGUGCUUCUCUUGGAAGGAUUCAGUGUUCUGAACAGUGUAAUGUCAAUUCUCCUUAAUCAAACAGGGUAUUAAAAGGAUUUAAAUGUAAUUCAUGCAAACACCUGCUACUUGCCUUUAUUAUUUAAGAAAAGGUGUUAAGAAUGAGGCUUUUCAGUGAUUGCUUAAGAAAAACAGUUCAGCAAACAAAGAAGCUCUAUCCUUUUAGCAGUGCUGGAUGGAACAUGAGAAUUUUAGCAUAAGGGCAGUGAAAAUUGAAUGAUCCAAGCUGAUCAUGUGCCUGUUCCCUGAUAAACUAUCUCCAUGUUUUGGAAGACUGGGUGAAAGAGGUAUUUUGAAAUGUUCUCAUGUUUCACUGAAGUCUGAUGACUGUGUGAGCACUGCUUCAGAGCAGAGCAGCAUUGUGGGAGGUGUUAAAAGUAGUACUAGAUCUACAUCCUUCUACAGGCAGGAUGUCAUUUGUAUUUUUGGGGAAGAUGGAGAGGUCUCCAACUGUAGUUAAGAACUUUUGACUUCAAAGCCACUGCUUUGUCUACAGCAUUCUUUUUUCCUAAUCAAGUAGCUUCUGAAUUGUUAAAGGGGCCUAUAUAAUACUUAUACAUCUUCUGUUUUUCUUGGCUCUACUAAGAAAAGAAGUUUCAGCUGCUGUACUCGUAUCAACUGCCUCUGUGUUUUGGAUCCUCCUUCAUUAACAGCUUCAAGAAAGAAACAACUUUGCUGAGACUGCAAGUUAAAACUUACUUGUUUUGGAAAAUACACAAGUUUGGAUUUCAGAUAACUUCUGGGAAAAAUCCAUAGCUUUGGAUUAGGAUCUCCUAAUGGUGUCUUGUGUAACUUGGGCAUUUCCCAAAAAGGUUUUUCUAGCCUCAGUUAAGCUCCCUGGGUAGAAAAUUGCUUUCAGGUUUUAAAGCCUAAUUCAAAUUCCUCAAAGGAGAAAAACUACAACAGGCAAAUGGUACGUUCAUCUAACCUACACUUCCACUAGAGUUUCAACUACAAUACUUAAUUGCUUACCUCUAAUAAUAAGAAGUGUAUCAGAGUUUCUUUUGGCAGAUCUACCUGCAGCAAUAUCAAGAAAUCAAAUAUUUAACAUUUCUAUCAUCAGUUUGCCAACUGGAGAUUAGCUGCAGUAAGGGGAGUCACUUUUUCAAUUCCAAAGAAGCACUCAUGCUGACAGUGCUAGGAACAUACAAAGCAUUUAAAAUAAACUGGUAAAGAGAGAUUCCAUUAUGGAAUGUUCCAUAUAGGUGCAGGCAAAUAGGAAGUACUUUUUUCUUGAAAAGCAUACAGCAAAGUCUGAAAGCCAUAUACAACAGCUGGAUCAAUUUAACUGUAAGAACAAAUCUGGCAGGAACAAGUUACUAAAUUACCACAACAGGGUAAGUACAGCUUAAGACCUUACAACUGAGUACUUGUUCCAUUUUGGUGUGUACAAUUGGACAGUACAAACAGUCUGAGAUACUUCUCAAGGAUUAAAGAUGCACAACGUGGCCAAGAGUUUCUUUGGUUAAUUUGCUGUCCCUAAUGCAAGGCUUGUAGUAGCAAUUUCUUCCAGACUGCAUCAUUGAAUUCGAUUACAGAUUUGAAAUUAAUUCAAGCUUUUGCCAAAAUACUUACUGCCAAAAUCUCAAUUUCACUUGUUUUCUGUUGCAAGCUAGAAACAAAUGUCUGCAGUCUUGUUUGCACCUGUCAACAAAAGAUGGCCAAAAGUAAUUCACUGCUUUUGUGACCCAGGUUGAGAACAACUCUUCUCUGUUUCAUAGAUUAUGAGAACAGAAGAGGCUGCUUCUAGCACGAGAUGCAGAACUACACAUUUAAACUAAAAUUUACCGUCAGUAUCACUUUCAGUAACAUCCACAACAAACCUUGAUAAGUAGACAGGAAGGAGACUGGGGCUGAACAAUCUUGCUGUAAUGAUACAGAUUUGGUAGUAGCAGUACUGCACUAAAGCAGACUGGGCUGCACAUUAGGUUGUGAAGCCUGGUAUAUGAAGUUACAAGCUGCCUUUCUGGCUAUUAGGUGAGAACCUAUGACUGCAGGGCACAGCACAGUAUGGCUCACUCUUCUUAAUACUUACAUACAUCAAGUAUCUAUACAUACACAGCUAUAUAGCUAGCAAGCAAGCUAUGAUAAUUUUGCAAAGGUAGCAUUUUAUAGAAAUAGUUGCAGCCUUACAUUAAUAUUGUCUUCUGUACUCUAAUAUCUUGAAGCCACUAACCCUAAGUAAGCAAACUGAUAAUUGUAUCGUCACAUCGUGCAAUCUUUUUACAUGAUGAUAAUACUGUAUUUCAGAGGCUUAAUUCUUUGUACUUAUUGGGCACACGUGUACCUGAAUUUCUUGGCGACGUCUGGCACUGGCAGAUAACUUCUCAGGAGCUAUAACACUGACAUUAGGCACUACAAGAGUUCCAUGCGACUCAAAUGCACCUAAAACGUAGAGUUUUACAUUAUAUUUCCAUAAUAGGAAAAAAAAGUAGCAAAAAACAGAAAAUUCACCAAUAAGCUUAACAUGUAGUGCAGGAUUUAAAAAGCUGCUAAAAAGUACAGUUAAUCAAGCCCAUUGGAGGUGAAAUAAUCAUAUAAGUUCUCAAAAUGCAUGCCUAUGACUGUGAAAGGCUGGCUGGCGUGAAUAAAAAUUUGAUAUCUUAUGUCAAGAAAGUGCUGUACUAAAAAGUUCCAAAUGGCUUACAGAAUUUAUAAAAGAACUUAGUAUACACAGUAUCGAAAAAGGAAAGCUAUUAUAAGAUUGAAGAAACGAUUUAAUGCACAGACCCAGGAGACAGUUUGUUUUAAUUCACUUUGAAACGUGUUUGAGAGUAGGGGGAAGUGUUUCUGAGAAGAUGCACUGCUAGAAAAUGUGUCCCUAUGCUGACCUUGGCAAUACUUGCAGAAUGUAUGAUCCAGCAAGAUCUUCUAACAGAACUCAACACAAAGAGAAAAUUUUCAGUGAUUUAUGAAGUGGAGAAUAAAUACCUGAACUAUUAGCGAAUGAUCCCUUUUGGUUUGGUACUGAGAGGUUAUCUGAGGUUUCUCUGAAAGUUAACAAGGACAGUUAAGGAAACAAAUUAACAAUAAUGAAGGCAUGCUCUGAUAACACAUGGUUUCAGGCUGUGGUUCAUGCACACUUAUUUCAUUCCAACAGAUAAAUUUAUGUUUUGUUGUGGAACAGACAGGAACUCAUACAGGAUUACAUUAGCAAAUUUGAUGCAUCAGGCCCAGCAAACGACAAACGAUUGUAUUGCUAUUGUAUUGGACUAUUGCUUGUCAACAGCACAGCAACCUUUGUGUUAACUUUAGCGAAAAACCGCUGUGCUGCCCAUGAUUCAAGAGUGAUUUAGAUCCUAAUGCUAGAAUAUAUUAAGAAAAUUUUGUCUCUAAAUCGUUAACUUAAUCAACUCACAGAUUUCUGAGAGUUGAUACUGGUGAUACCAGGAUACCAAAGCAGUAUUUACACUUGAGAUCUUACAAAUCAAAAUAAACUUUUGAUUAUUUGGAUCCAUUUACUUUUACAGUACUACUAUGAUUGUAAUUGUUGCAUUUCUAUUAUUACCAAAUAUGAUUUUUUCUGUGUAUUCUGCUCCCAGGAUCUAAAGGUAGUCUUUAGAAAGUAUGCUUUUCUUUCACAGCAUGAAAGAAUAUAUAGAUCCUACAGAUCUGCCACAAAACACAUGAGAACGAGGUUAGUUGCAAAAUGCCACAACUGGCAGAGGCCAGAUAAAGGAAGAAUGAGGAGGUGGGCAGCAGAUGUCAUCCACCUGUGCACAACAUUUUUGAAUUACGCAUUUCAUAGCUUAAAGAUUUUCUUUACUGUUAAUUCAGAAAUAUUAUGGAUAUCCAAUCUGUUGGCUUAUUCAUAUAAACUAGAAUUCAGACACUCUUCCUGCUAUCACUACCGUAUUUACAUACACAUGUACAUAUAUGUAAUACAAAUGUAUAAAUCAGUGUUCCAGCAUAUAUUUUAUAAAGUCUAUGUGUAACAGCUCUACUCCUUGUGCACAGCAGUGUAACUGUUGCCUUUCCUGUGAUUUCUGCAUUGCUGUUCAGCACAACAAAGAGUAAUUUCAGCAAAGACACACAGUCCUGCUGCACACCCUGAGUCUUGGCCAGGUGUUACUUUCACGUGUGCCAGUCAAGGUGUGCAGUUGUGCUGGAGUCACACAUUCAUUUUUACCCUAUUAGCGCUGCCUCAAAACGAGAGGGACCUGCUGCUUAAAUUCUUCGAUUACAGAGUGCAUGAAUGUAAAUAGCUUCUAGUCAGUAAUGGGAACUUGCAGGCAGUCCUGCCAUACAAAUGAUACUGCUGUUUUAGUUGCAUUUGAGCUGGAUGGAUACAUACAUAGUCUUCUAAUUUGAGAAGCACUAACCAUGUUUCAGUAUAACAGCUUCUAGGGAAAUCAGUCUCUUAAUAAUAAAAUUCUGUAGCUAAGCCUUUUGCUUUCUUUUCCCCUCAAAAAGAAAUCAGUAAAGCUCAUGUUCUAUAUUGGGUACUACCAAGGUUUAACUGAGUAUAUAAUUAUUUCAUUAAGAAAACCAUAUUUAUGUCUUUACUUUGCGAAGAAUUUUUUUUACUUACCUACUACAUCUUUCAUCACAGAUUUUAGUUUUCAAUUUCUGCACCAGGUGAUCUACUAAGUCGGAUUCAAAAAUCCUUUUCUCCGUCUGUCUGUCUUUCUCAAAGGAUUUCACCUAUGAUGUAUUUCAGUGAGUCUUAGCGUUGUUUCUUAAAACAGCAUAUGAAUAAAUGUCUCAAGACCAAA